GUUAUUUUGGUAAUUCAAUAUGUCAGCGCCCAUAGUUAAGUUUGACACUUGACAAAUGAAGAAUUUAUGUAUUUUCUAGUGUCUGUGAAGUAUAUAUAAAACUGCAACAUGAAGACCGUACUGAUGGUUGCUGAGAAACCGUCUCUAGCCCAGUCGAUUGCUAAGCUGUUAUCCAAUGGGCAGAUGAACAGUAGAAAAGGGUCAAAUGGAGCCUGUUCUGUCCAUGAAUACAGAGGUGUUUUUCCUCCAACGGGAGAAAAUGUGUUCUUCAAAAUGACGUCUGUUUGUGGUCAUGUUUAUGGUCUUGAUUUUGUUGGAAAGUACAAUAGCUGGGAUAAGGUUGACCCGAGUGAGUUGUUUACUGGACCAACACACAAAAAAGAAGCAACAGAAAAGUUAAGGAUGCCAACUUUUCUAUCAAAAGAGGGCAGAGGUGUAGAUUUCCUGGUGUUAUGGUUAGAUUGUGACAAGGAAGGAGAAAACAUUUGUUUUGAAGUAAUGGAAUGUGUAGAACAAAGUAUGAACCGUGGAAUUGGACAGACAGUUUACAGGGCAAAGUUCAGUGCUAUUACGGACAAAGAUAUAAAAGGUGCCAUGAAUAGACUUGGUGAACCAAAUAAAAAUGAAGCUUUAUCUGUUGAUGCCAGACAGGAACUAGACUUGAGAAUUGGAUGUGCCUUUACCAGAUAUCAAACUAAAUUCUUUCAGGGUAAAUAUGGAGAUUUAGACAGUACCCUGAUAUCUUAUGGACCCUGCCAAACACCUACCUUAGGAUUCUGUGUGGACAGACAUGAUAAAAUACAAUCUUUUAAACCAGAGGCUUACUGGGUCAUUAACUUACAGAUAGCUCACCCUGGUGGACGUAGUAUUUAUCUGGAUUGGGACAGAGUCAGAAUCUUUGAUAAAGAAGUAGCACAGAUGUUCCUUAAUAUGAUAAAAUCUGCUGACUCAGCAAGAGUUACAAAGGUUGUACAAGAGGAAAAGUUCAAAGGUCGACCACAAGCUCUAAAUACUAUAGAAAUGUUAAGAUCAGCUAGUUCUGGACUAGGUAUUAGUCCACAACAUGCAAUGCAGGUAGCUGAGAGAUUGUAUACACAAGGUUAUAUAAGCUAUCCUAGGACUGAAACAACACAAUAUCCUGAGAACUUUGAUUUAGUGGGAACUUUGAGGCAACAGCAGUCAUCACCCGAUUGGGGAACUAUUGUCAGGGAACUAUUGAGUACUGGUAUACAGAGACCAAGGAAAGGAACAGACGCUGGGGAUCAUCCUCCGAUCACACCAAUGAGAAGUGCAACAGAAGCUGAGUUAGGGGCAGAUAACUGGAGACUUUACGAUUUUAUUACCAGAUAUUUUAUUGCUACAAUAAUGCCAGAUUGUAAAUAUCUUCAGACAAAAGUGUAUUUUGAGAUAGGUCCUGAGAAAUUUUCUUGUACAGGUCAGGUGAUUGUAGAUCCAGGGUUCACAUCUGUCAUGACAUGGAAAGCUAUGGAUGAUGAAACACUGCCAGAGUUUAAAAAGGAUCAAACAUUCAGCCUUGAAGAAGCCAAGCUUGCGGAGAGACAGACCAACCCACCAGAUUAUUUAACAGAAAGUGAAUUGAUCACACUGAUGGAGAAACAUGGCAUAGGAACUGAUGCCAGUAUAUCUGUACAUAUAAAUAAUAUUUGUGAGAGAAACUAUGUCAAUGUUAUAGCUGGACGUAAGCUCAAACCCACACCACUGGGAAUAGUGUUGGUCCAUGGUUAUCAAAAGAUCGAUCAAGAACUAGUGUUGUCUACCAUGAGGUCUGCUGUAGAAAAACAAUUGAAUCUCAUUGCACAUGGCAAAGCAGAUUUUCAGGAUGUUCUACACCAUGCACUCAACAUUUUCAGACUAAAAUUUAAAUAUUUUGUGGAGAAUAUAAAUGGGAUGGAUGAGUUGUUUGAAGUGACAUUUUCAUCACUGGCUGCUAGUGGUAAACCUUUGUCAAGAUGUGGUAAAUGUCGUCGUUUUAUGAAAUUCAUCCAAGCAAAACCUAGUCGUCUCCAUUGUUCUAACUGUGACGAUACAUUCACACUGCCACAGAAUGGAAAUAUCAAACUUUAUAAAGAAUUAAAAUGUCCACUGGAUGAUUAUGAAUUAGUUUUAUGGACAACUGGGGUAAAGGGAAAAUGCUACCCUCUAUGUCCUUAUUGUUACAAUAAUCCACCAUUCAAAGACAUGAGGAAAGGAAAUGGUUGUAAUGAGUGUACCCAUCCAACAUGUCAGCAUGGACUAUCACAGACGGGGGUAUCAGAAUGUGUAGAAUGUGAGAAUGGUAUCUUGGUGCUAGAUCAGACGUCAGCCCCAAAAUGGAGAAUGGCCUGCAAUAAGUGUAAUGUUGUGAUCAACUUUUUUGACAACGCCCAUAAAGUAUCAGUAUCAGAAGAUAUAUGUGAAGACUGUGGUUCACAUAUCGUUAAUGUAGAUUUCAGCAAGGGCAAAACACCACUAGAAGGAGAUGAAACUGAACACUCAGGCUGUGUAUUUUGUGACCCAGUAUUUAAACCAUUGGUAGAAAAACAUCAUGCAAUAAUGAAAAGAAGAGGAGGUGCUAGUAGAUCAGCUGGUAGAGGUGGACGUGGUAGAGGAGGAAGGUCAAGAGGUCGAGGGAGAGGAAAACCUAAAGACAAAAUGUCACAGUUAGCUGCUUAUUUUGUAUGAUUAUGUCAUUUAGUUAUGAUUUAAUGUGCCUUUCCUCUCAUAGUCUGUCACUCACAGUUUCAAGUUCUUUAGAAUGUUUUGUUUUCGGUAACAGAUAUUCACUACAGUUUAUGGUACAUGUCAGUCAUUAUUAUCUACCAAAUUUAGUACCAAUGUUAUUUUGCACUUUCACCUUUUUCAAUUUCUAGUUCUAGUAAUCUGCUAAAUAUUUGAGAAAAAAACCCAACUACAAUUCAAAGACUUUGUGUUGUCUUGGCAAUUAUGUUUUAUGAUCUCAUGAUGUGUGAUUCUGAAAUCAUGAUUUUUUUUUAUUGUAAAAUUCUUCUAUUAGUAGGCACAUGAGAUAAUAAUUACAUUUCAUGUAUGUUUCAUUAUAACACGUUAUUUUGAUUGGCUAACAGCAAUCUCACGUCAUUCUGAAAUUAAUCUUCAUUUUAACAUAAUAUGUAACAUUCAUGAUGACGCAAGCUUCCACAAUAAAGUGCACAGGUAAACAAAAGAAAAACUUGAUAGAAAUCGUGUUUUCAUGAUCCUAGCUAAAAAAAAUCUAAUUAUGAGUAUUGAAUGCUUCUUUUAGUAAUUUUAUAGGGUUGUAAAAGCGUUCCACACUACAUACAAAAAUGUACUUCGGUCAACGCUUUUAAACCCCAAUAAAUUUACAAAAAGAAGCAUUCAAUUCUUAAAUAAUGCAUUAGCCAGUUAAGUGUUUGAGAAUCUAGAAAGGAUUGGUGCAAAAAAAAAGAUAAAAUUAAAAAUUCAUUAACAGGUAAUUGUUGAAAAGAACACUAUUCUUUGAAACUCUUUUCAAGAAUCAAUAAAUGCAUAUAUUCCAUCAGGUCCUUUGUCAGACUAUGUACCUAAGUAGUUGACAGCCAUGUUGAUUGUAAGAUCUCCACUACCAUGCAUCCAUUCACAAAUAUAUACUAUAAUAAAGUGUAUUGUGUCAGUAAAACUAUUCCAAAUGAUUUGAAGAAGCCAUUUGUUUUUAUAAUUUUUUAAAUUAAGAAAGAAUUAACUGCAGCACUUAAGUUUGUUGGAGAUUUAUCUACAAGUAGGCACAGUUAGAUCCUACAGGUCGUCUUACCUGGUUAAAGUUAAAAUUAACAGGACAUAAUUUGGUUUAUAAAUGCUUAGAUGACAGAGUAUCAUUACAUAGAUAAUAUAUUUAGCUAAAAACUAGUAUUCUGAUGACAAUACUCAAUCUGACAAGAGGUUUUAUAAAUGUGUAUUAUUUUUUAUGUUAUUCUGUCUAGAAUAAAUUCUAAAUAGAUAA